CAUUUGCAUUCAUUUGAAAAUCUAACUGCUUGAAACGGAAAAGCGCGAAAAGUACUUAUUUUGUUUGCCCAGUUUUAAUUAUAGCCUACGUGAAAUAAUAAAGUAAAACUGUAAAAUGAAUAAAUUGCAAAAGAAACCACCAAACCGAACUGACUUAGUUAAAAUGAUAAAAGAAGUGCCUGAGGAAUACCAGCAACAUAUACAAGCAAUGUCGCUCAAAAUGAUGCAGCACCCCGCUUAUGGACACCCUUACGAAUGGAGUACACGAGAUUUUGAGAUGGGCGCCCCACUAGGGCGAGGUAAAUUCGGACGCGUGUACUUAGCGCGCGAACGCACCUCCAAUUUUAUAGUUGCCAUGAAAAUAAUGUUUAAAGCUGAACUAGAAAAGGGUAAUGUACAGCGGCAAGUUUUAAGGGAGAUUGAAAUACAAACGCGUCUCAAACAUCCAAAUAUUUUGCGAUUACUUACUUGGUUUCAUGAUGAGAGUCGCAUUUAUCUUGCACUGGAAAUUGCUUCAGAAGGGGAAUUGUAUAAGCAUUUGCGGAAUUCACCACAUCGUCGGUUUGAGGAGACCCGCGCUGCAAAAUAUACCUACCAAGUGGCCGAUGCGCUUGAAUAUUGUCAUUUGAAUAAUGUUAUACAUCGCGAUUUGAAACCAGAAAAUAUACUACUGACGUCCUCCGAUGAUGUUAAAUUAGCUGAUUUUGGUUGGUCAGCACACACCCUAUCCAACAAACGUAAAACUCUAUGCGGCACACUGGAUUAUUUGCCACCAGAAAUGGUAGAUGGUCAUAUAUAUGACCAUUCUGUCGAUCAAUGGUGCUUAGGUAUUUUAUGUUAUGAGUUUUUAGUGGGUUGUGCGCCCUUUGAGUCAGUUGACAAUGAGAAGACUUACGAAAAAAUUAGGCGUCUGGAAGUGUAUUAUCCACCCCACUUGAGUGCUGGAGCUAAGGAUGUUAUUUCUAAGUUGCUUCGCAAAUCGAAUAAUGGUCGUAUAACUUUGGUGGAGGUAAUGAAACACCCUUGGGUCAAGGAGAAUAUGGCAAAACGGAACGCAUAUAUAGCAGAGAAAUUAAAGCAGGAAACGGCCUUAGAAUAAUGCACGUUUUGCAUUUGCAUAAAGAAUUUAAAUGUAUUACAAUUUUAUUUCAAUAUUUAUAAAUAAUAAUAAUAAAUAAAUAAAUUUAAUAAUAAUAUAUAA